GUAUCACCAUUUAGAUUAGAUUAGAUAAUAACUAAACUAUCCAUCCUACUGCUUACUACCAUCAUCAUCACCUCGCCUCCCAUCCAUCCGCAGCAACGCAGCGUCUCACUCAAGCAGAAUAUCUCUUUUAGCAAACAAAAGAAAAACAAAAAUAAACCAAGUGAUAAUUCAACAUCAUCAACACUAAUCAUCCAACCCUCCAUCAUCAACUGUUCUUAUUCAUUUGAUCAUUUCAACAGGAUCGAUCUCAUCUUAAUCUAACAAAUCAAUCAACCACUCUCCUCUUUGCAUCCAUAACUUUUAUUGUUAUCUGUCCCUCUCAAAUCAAAGUCUGAUCUAUCCAUUUCCACACUUUUACCUCGCAUAUUCAUUAUUCUUUCCCUCAUAUUCAUUAUUGAUUCAAACCUUAUAUCAAACUAAUAAUCAAUCAAUCAAUCAUUCAUCAUGGGUAUUACUUCAACCAUUCUAAGAUCAAGAAUAAUUCAAAAACCUUAUCAACUAUUUCAUUAUUAUUUCUUAUUAGAAAAAUCCCCUAAUUCAACUUUAUCUGAUUUACAAUUUGAUACUAAUAUUUCCAUCUCCAUAAAUAAAUUUAAAAAUCAUACUUGGACCAUAAAAGAAGUUUGUCAUUAUGGUUUCUUAUCUUCCAUCAUUUUAUUUGUAUUUAUAAUAUUCCCAGCAUCUUUCCUUACUAAAAUCCCUAUCUUAGCUUCAUUCAUACUAUGUUUCUUAAUUCCUUUAACUUCUCAAUUCUUUGUUCAUGCUUUACCAAUCUUUACUUGGUUAGCUUUAUUCUUUAGUGCCGGAAAAAUCCCUACCGAAUGGAAACCUGCUAUAUCUGUUAAAGUGUUACCAGCUAUGGAAACUAUCCUUUAUGGGGAUAAUUUAUCAAAUGUUUUGGCAACUAUUACAACUCCACUUUUAGAUAUCUUAGCUUGGUUACCUUAUGGGAUUUUACAUUUCAGUGCUCCAUUCGUAGUGGCUAUCUUUAUCUUUUUAUUUGCUCCUCCAACUUCUUUAAGAUCUUUUGGAUUUGCCUUUGGUUAUAUGAAUUUAUUAGGAGUUUUAACUCAAAUUUUAUUUCCAGCUGCUGCUCCUUGGUAUAAAAAUUUAUAUGAUUUACAACCAGCUAAUUAUACUAUGAAAGGUUCUCCAGGUGGUUUAGGUAGAAUUGAUGAAUUAUUAGGUUUCGAUAUGUAUACCACUGCUUUUUCAACUUCUCCCGUUAUUUUUGGUGCUUUCCCUUCAUUACAUUCUGGUUGUGCUAUAAUGGAUGUAUUCUUUUUAUGUUGGUUAUUUCCAAAAUAUAAAUAUGUUUGGUGGAGUUAUGGUACUUAUCUUUGGUGGAGUACUAUGUAUUUAACUCAUCAUUAUUUUAUUGAUUUAAUUGGUGGUGCUAUAUUAAGUUUAAUUGUAUUUGAAUAUACUAAAUAUAAUCAUUUACCAAUUGUUGAUGCUAAUAAAUUUUGUCGUUGGUCUUAUCUGGAAGUUUCUAAAAUAAAUGUGGCAUUAAUUGAUCCAUUAUCAUCGAAUUAUAUUAAUAUUCCAAAUGAUAUUGAAAUGCAAUCAUCUUCUCAAUCUCAAUUUGAUGAUAAUGUUACAAGAUUUGUGAAUUAUCCAUAUUUACAACAACAACCAUCUAUAGUACCACCUACUCUUCAAUCUCAACAACAAGCUGAAGAAUUUGAAAUGUCAUCAAUGGCAAUUCCAAGAUCAAGACAAUCUUCAAGAAGUUAUCUUGGAACCAUGGCUCAUGGAAGUUCAUUGAAUUUACCUGCUCAUAAUGAAGAAGAUGAUGAAGAAGAUGAUGAUAAACAUGAAGAAAUUGUUCACGAAGAUAAUUCAUCUUUAGAAAAUAGUGCCACUCCAUCUGUAUUUGAAGAUGAUCAUGUUCGUCAAAUUAGUUCUGCAACUUCAACUACUUCAUUAGAUGAAUUAGAUACAACUGCCUCAAUUCCUCCAAUUACAUCUACAAAAAAGAAUCGUUAAAUUCAUGAGUUAAUGAAACCAUAAUAAUAAAGUGUAUAUACAAAGAAAAUAUUUCGUUAAUUCGAUCUUCCUAUCCUAUCCCAUCCUUUUUCCUCCAUAAUAUUAAUAAUAACUAAUAAAAACAACAAUCAUAAUAAUAAUAAUAAUAAUAAUAAUAAUAAUAAUAACUAAUAUUACAACUAAUAACAUAAUAUGCUCAUUUAAUAAAAUAUCUUACAAUUUAUAAAUCAAGCAAUAUCACACACAAACAAACGCACACCCUCAAUUCGAUUUAAUAAUUUUUCAAAAUCCCCCCAUCAUCCAUCCAUCGAUAAUUGUGAAUAGUUCUGUCACUUGUGUAUAUUGUCAAU